AUGACCCGUUCCUGUGGGCGGUUCGGCCAUGCUGCGUUCGAUGUCCUCGUUAUUGGCGCCGGCCCCGCGGGGCUCAUGGGCGCGCACGCCCUGCGGAGGGCCGGAGUGAAUGUGCGGGUGGUCGACCAGAGGCCACACAAGGUCGCUGCGGGACAAGCGGACGGCAUACAACCCCGUACGAUCGAAGUAUUCCAGAGUUAUGGGCUGGCGGAGCGUCUCCUACGAGAAGGCAACCAGAUGCACAUGGCUUGCGCUGGACGGGCUCCUGAUGUUUCGGCACCGACUGCCCGCUACCCCUUCGAGGUGACGCUACACCAAGGGGGGAUCGAAGCCAUUUUCUUGGACUCCAUGUCCGACAUGGGCAUGCAGGUGGAACGGCCAGUCGUACCAUCGUCAAUCGAGGUAUCAACCGACGAGGCUGAGCUCAAAGACCCGCAAUCACAUCCGAUCAAAGUCGUGCUCAAGCAUCUGGAUGUGCCAGAAGGCAAAGUCGACACCGAGAUUGUCCGGGCGAAGUUCGUGUUGGGCGCAGAUGGCGCGCACUCAUGGGUGCGCAAGAGUUGCGGUAUCGCGAUGGAGGGUGAGCAGACUGAUUUCAUCUGGGGAGUCGUCGACAUGGUCCCCGACACGGAUUUUCCCGACAUCCGGAACCGAUGCGCGAUCCACUCCUCCAACGGCUCGUGCAUGAUCAUCCCACGCGAGGGCGACGUCGCACGGUUGUACAUCCAGCUGACCGACACAGACGUCGUCGACGGGAGCGGGCGCGUGGACAAGAGCAAGAUGGGCCCGCAGCGGCUGCUCGAGGUUGCCGGCAAGUCGUUCCACCCGUACAAGAUCGCGGCGAAGGACACGAUUGAGUGGUGGACGCUGUACAUCAUUGGACAGCGGGUCGCGUCGAAGUUCUCGGUCAACGAGCGCGUCUUCAUUGCAGGAGAUGCAUGCCACACGCAUUCACCGAAAGCUGGUAAGUCAAAGCUCACACACGUGCUUCGGGGAUGGGCCGACAUCUCUUUACUGAAGACCUACGAGUUCGAACGCCAGAAGUACGCCCGGGACCUCAUCAACUUCGACAAGAAGUUCUCGGCCCUCUUCUCCGGCAAGCCUCGAACGGAGGAGCACCAGGACGGUGUCUCGCACGAAGAGUUCUUGGAAGCCUUCCAGACCUUCGGCCUGUUCACGAGCGGCAUCGGCGUCCACUACCAACCGUCUGCCAUCGUGAACACGGAGCACCAGGCGCACGCGCGGAACCUCAUCAUCGGCCAGCGCGUGCUGCCCCACGUCUUCGUGCGCGCGUCGGAUGCGCGGCCGUUCGAGAUCCAAGACCUCCUCCCCUCAGACGCGCGCUUCAAGGUCCUCGUGUUCGCCGGCGACGUCGUGGAGCCGGCACAACUCCAGCGCGUGCAGCAGCUUGCUGAGGAGAUGGGGAGGCCGGAGGGCUUCCUGAAGCGCUUCUCGAAGAGAAGCGUGGAGGAGAGGUUCGACGUUUUGACGAUCGCCUCGGGCGACAAGCUCAAGGUCAUCACCGCCGACGUCCCAGCCAUCUUCCGGUCGCACUGGUCGAAGCUGUUUGUAGACGGUCGGGACAUGUUCAAGCGUUCGGGCGGCGGUGGCUACGAGUACUAUGGCAUCGACCCCCGCGGCGCUAUCGUCGUCGUUCGUCCGGACGGAUAUGUUGGCAUGGUCGCACCGUUUGAGCAGCAUAAGGCGAUUGAUGGGUACUUCGCUUCGUUUCUUGCUGCAUGAUACCUUUUAGUCGUAGAGCAUGGUCUCUUUUGGUCCGACGUUUGCAUUGCAAUGUACGAUAGCGCAACAUAUUGUAGGGAUAAUGCAUUUCACGACUGUGCCCUGUAACGAAG